AUGAAAGAAACGGAAGAAAUCGAUUUGCUCCUCGAAGAAGUCGAGAAAACGCCAGAAGAAGUGGCGGACUGCUUCUUUUCCGUUUUCCCGAGAGUUGAGAAACAGAAAACGAUCCAAGUUCAAGAGAAAUUCCUCCUCCAAACUUAUGAAUUUCGUCUUCCAUCAUCAAUGGACCGAUUCGCCGUUGAAUUUCCCUGUCUUCCGGCAGCGUUUUCUUUCCGCAACGCCCUCUGCAUUCCGAAACAGAAUUUUGAUCAAGCUGCUUCUGGAGUGAGUCUCGAGCGAACAAAUGCCACGGAUAACGUAGAACUGGAUCUUGUUCUAUCAAAGGAAUGCUCGUUGGAGUCGCUUCCGAACCUAUUUGGAACGGACCUGGUCGAUUUUGUCGAGAACAGACCAAAAGUAAUCAAAGUCCGAGUUUUCGUUACUUCCGAUCAAAGAAGAAGAAGAAGCAGGGAUAAUGGCGAUUACGAUUACGACUACUACGAUUUCAAUGAGGAUGAAAACGAUGCAUUUUCUCCUUCUUUUGUCUUCGGAAUCGAAAGUAAGUGCGACAUCAUGAUAUCUUCUGCUCGAAGAAUCGGGCAGCAAGAAACGAACUGGAGAGGAUUGUUUCAAGAGGACCCAGUAGCAAUCAAAUCUCGUCGAAGAAGACAUCUUAUCGGUCUUUCUGGAAGCUACAAUCAGUUUUAUAAAAGCCUUGAUUCUUCAAAUUUCGAGCUUGAGCUUUCCGUAGAACUUUUGGACCGAGCUUGUCGGAUCUCUUCCUCUGCUUUCUUCGUUGAUCUGGACCCACCAUAA